GAGGAACAUCGGCAAGAAAUGCCUUCAAAGAUCGACCUUCCUCCCUGUGAGACCAACAGGCUCGCAGACGUCGCCGAUCUGAUCACCUCUGCCCUCUCCUCACGCAGCCGCAGAGAAAAACUGGGGCUGGUCAUGAAGAGGAAGGGCUAUAUUCCAAAACUAUUGCAGCUUUUCCAAGCCUGCAAGAAGUCCAAGACCACCAAGGCCUUACACCAGUUGAAUGGAAUUAUGAAAGGGAUUCUGCGCCUUGGUAAAACAAGCCUGUUUGAAGUGAUGUUCUCUGAGAAGUAUAUUAUGGAUGUCAUCGGAUGCCUGGAGUACGAUCCUUCGCUGGCUCAGCCCAAACACCACAAGCAGCUCUCCCGUCAAAGAGCCAAGCUUAAGAAGAUCGUUCCCAUCAAAGACCCCAAGAUCCAGAAAAAAUUCCACCAGAUGUACCAGGCACAGUAUAUUCAGGCUAACUUCUUGCCAAAUCCGCCUGAUUUGGGAGAGAAUUAUCCUUUUGUCCUCAAUUCCUUCAUCCGCCGCAAGAAAGAGGAGAUCUUGCGAGUGUUGGAGAAAGACGAGGAAUUUUUGUCUGACCUUUUUGCCCAGUUAACAAAUGAAGAUACAGCUGAGGACGAACGACUGGAAUUGGUUAACUUUCUCAAGGAAGUCUGUACCUUUUCCCUCAUGUUCCAAAAGAAGAGACAGAAAUUUUUACAAAGAUCGAUCAAGUUGGGAAUUCUUUCAACUCUUGCAAUUCUAAUCGGAAUGGAUGAUCUGCAAGUUAGAGGUGCUGCCGCAGACAUCUUGUCUGACCUAGCAGGCUAUUGUCCAUUCAUGGUCCAAGAAUUUGUAAUGAAAGAGGCCCAGCAGAAUCACCUUGAUACCAACCUCAUCAGCGUGCUCACUGAGCAGCUGAUCCGCCGCCACGGUCCCGAGUUUGGGGAAGCUGAGCAGUUGACGGAUCUGCUGUGCACUCUGCUCGAUCCAGGGAACCUGCUGCCCACAGCUAAGGCUGCACAAGUAUUUCAAUUUCUCAACUACUUCUACACCUGCUGUCUUCCUGUUCUGACUGCUCCACUUUCGGCCAAUGCAGCAGAAGGCACAUGUGAAAUAGAUGACCAUCAAACGGCAAAACUGCUUUCCCUAAUUUUGAAGCUGCUCACAUAUUGUUUGGAAUGGCACAAGGAGCACAUGAGGCAUUACGUUAUCAGCAGGGAUUUGCUAAGAAGAGUCCUGGUCUUGAUGAAUUCCAAACACACAUUUCUGGCCUUGAAUGCUUUUCAGUUUAUGAAUAAGGUAAUUUGCCUGAGAGAUGAGUUCUAUAACCAUUACAUCACCCAGGGAAACCUCCUUGAGCCGUUUUUACUUGCUGUGUUGGAAAAUGGAGCUGUGUAUCAGCUGCUCAUCCCGACUGUGAUUGAGCUGUUGGAAUUCAUCAAACUGGAAGAUGGCAUGUCCCUUAGUGGAUACCUAGUGGACAACUUCUGUCAGGCACUUGGAUCUAUCAACUACGUUCAGACUUUUGGACUGAAGACAAACAAUGAGAAAGAAGAGCAGCAACAAGAGCAGAAAGUGAGCAGUGUCCCACACCGUGGCUCCCCUUCAAAGAAGGCGACCCUGAGGCCGGCGGUGGCGGCCCCCAAGAGACGUCUACAGAUGGAUUGUACUGACCACGAGGAGGAGGAGAUAGUUAAAAGGAAAAGAGCACGUCACUGCUGUUGAAGAAAACACAAAGUCUGGAAGACGAAUUGUCAUUUAGGGUUUCUAGUUCUUCAAGUGUUGAGUGUUA